AUGUGGAUUGGGUUUUUAUUACAUACUUUAAGUAAAGAUCCGAAAAGAAAGGAAUUAAUAUAUAAGAAGAAAAAUAUAUUAAAUGAGCCUAAAGAAAAUCAAACAAAAGUUAUCGAGAGUGUUCUUUACAACGAUGGCAAAGGAGUAACUUCAGGCAUUUCAUACCCAGCCAAAAUCAUACUCAAUAAAAACUUAACAAUUACAAAGACAUAUUAUCUCUUUGCAACAGAAAGCAACGCUUCCAACGCCAAUGUCACUAGCGUCAAAACAUCACAAAAUGUUAUCAAUGCAACAGCCGUAAAUAGCACAAACAAGACAGAAUUGACUUUCCAAGUUAACGCUCCAGAGGAUUAUAAUAAGACAAAGUUACUUGUUGUUGUUGAGUUCGCCCCCAAUAAUACAUCCGAGUUAGGUACCUGUAAUGUUAGCUUUUUACCUAAAAUUUCUGUUAACCUAUCAUCAUCAAAGCUUUAUAAGAAAGCCAAAGAUUCUUUUGAUCUUCCGAUUUCUAUUAAUUAUUAUGGAAAACCACCUAAUAAUUACACUCUCAAAUAUGUUAAAAUGAAAACUGAACCUGCAAAUGCUUCUGGUUAUACUUCUCUACUCAACUCUUCAGUUUCGGGAUCCCAAACCAAGUAUAACAUUACUCUUCCUGACUCUAUUAAUUCUUCUAAUUCUUAUCCAUUUUAUAUCGCUUUAAUCAAAGAAAAUGAAAUUGUAUCCAAAGUUACUGUUCCGAAUAUUAUUUAUUGUGCUAUUCCUAAAGUUGAUAAUCUGACAGAUACUAUUAAUACAACAGGUUAUAAAUACACUGCUGAACAGCCAAUCAAACUUUCAUUCAACGCUGUUGCAGCUGUUAAUGCUACUGAAGCUUCUCCUAAAUAUAAACUUGGUAAUUCUGAACCCGUUAAUGCAACAUUGACCCAGAAAGAAGGAAAUCUUUAUGAAUUUACGAUUACAGCUCCUUCAGAUAUUUCUGAAGACUCAAAGGUUAACAUUACAGUUUCUAUCACAGAUCCAGCUGGUCAAACUGCUAACUCUUCUGAACUUCAAAUUUCUCUUGGAAAGUCUCCAUAUUUAUCUGCACCAACUGUUGUUGCUGAAAAUCAUACAGAACCAUUCAAGGCCGGUGAAUAUAUUCCAGUUAAAGUUACAUUCCAACACUUUGAGGCAAAGACAGGAAGCUUCCAAUAUAGAUUCUAUACAGAUCAGGAAUGGAUAGAUCUCCCAGACGACAAUGUAACUGAAGUAGAAACCCCAUCUGCAAUUAAGAAAUUACAUGCCGACGAAGGCAAGAAAUAUCUACUCAACAUUCCAGCUCCAAAGUAUGAAGAUAUCAAAAAAGAUGGAACAGUUAAACUUCAAAUUAGGUUAGCUCGAUCCAAUGAUCAAGCUCAAUCCAAUAUCAUUGAAACAGAGGUUUCACUUCAGAAACAACAAUACGUUGCACCAACACCUGAAAAUAGUGGACUUACUGGUGGACAGAAGGCUGGUAUUGUUAUUGGCGUUCUUCUUGCUGUUAUCAUUAUUAUUCUCAUCAUCUACUUCGUUUUCCGCAGGAAACCAUCUAAGGUUAAAUCAUCAUCUGAUAUCCAAGAUGAUUCCGGCUCCGGUGUUAAUGUGUAA